UCUUGUACACGCCCCUCGUUUCCCCCCUUCACCUAUCCCACUCCUGGGCCCUUCCUGCCAAUUUCCAAGGAGAAUGCAGGAGCAUGUUCUUCCCUCCGGCGAUCUCAGAGUUGCAUUUCCCAGCAGGCAUCCUGACAUAGUUUGAACUCCAUCACUUCUUGGCAAGCAACAACGGAAACGAUCGAGCGCGGGAGCUUGUGCUGUUCACCUCCCUCGGCUACCUACCUGCUGCCGACCUUUAUCUCUGCAGAAGAUCGAUGGAAACCCAGGAGGGCGAUGUGCAUAGCUCUGAAUCCGAUGCUCACAAAGUGAAAGGGAGAGGUGGAUUUGUAGCCCUGCCGUUCAUCAUAGCAAAUGAAAUGUUGGAGAAAGUUGCGGGGUUCGGGCUCAACACCAACAUGAUCAUGUACCUCACCAAGCAGUACCACCUAAGCAACGUCACCGCCGGCGCAACGCUCUUCGUGUGGGCUGCGGCGGCAAAUUUCGCGCCCAUCCCCGGAGCGCUCAUAGCCGACAUGUACACAGGCCGGUUCAUGGCCAUCUCGCUGGGCUCCAUCGCAUGCCUAACAGGGAUUGUUUUCCUAUGGCUGAGCGCCAUGAUACCCGGAGCGCGGCCGCCGCCGUGCGGCGUCGGCCUUGCCGGGGAGCAGUGCGCGCCCCCGGGGCCGAGGCACCUGGCGUGGCUGAUCGCCGGCUUCACGUUCCUGUCCAUCGGCGCCGGCGGCAUCCGGCCGUGCUCCAUGGCCUUCGGCGCGGACCAGUUCUCUCGGCACCCCAAGGAGAGGAGGUCGAGGAUCCUGCAGGCCUACUUCAACGCCUACUACGCGUCCAUCGGGGUGGCCUUCACGGUCGCCGUCACCGUGAUCGUCUACGUGCAGGACAACGUCGGGUGGAAGGCCGGGUUCGCCGUCCCGAUGGGCCUCAUGAUGCUCUCCGCGGUGAGCUUCCUCCUGGGCUCCCGCCUCUACGUCAAGGAGAAGGGGUCCAAGCAAAUGUUCGCCGGGAUAGGCGCCGCCCUCGUGGCGGCGAUCAGGAACUACAGGGUGCAGCUGCCGGCGAGGACGGAGGACGGCGUGUACCAUCAUCUCAAGGACUGCAAGCUCACUGUCCCCACAGACAGGUUGAGGUUCCUGAACAAGGCCUGCAUGAUCAGCAACAAUGGGGGCGUGGACUUACCCGGCACUGGCGCGGCGGCCUCAGAGCGCGAUUGCAACGGUGGCGGCAGGAGGCUGUGCACGGUGGACCAGGUGGAGCAGCUCAAGUCGACCGUCCGGAUCCUGCCGAUCUGGUCAUCCACCGUGUUCCUCGCGCAGGCCAUGAGCCAGAACUACGCCGUGCUGCAGGCCAACGAGAUGGACCGGCGCAUCGGCGUGGGCCAGUUCCGCGUGCCGGGCUGCUCCCUCACCAUGUUCAACAUGGUGACCAUGUCGCUGUGGUCGGGCAGCUACGACAGGUGGAUCGCGCCGGCGCUGCGGCGGGUGACGGGCGACCCGCGCGGGCUCACCAUGAAGCAGCGCGUCGGGGUGGGCCUGCUGCUGGCCACGGCGGCGAUGGCCGUGUCCGGCGCGGUGGAGGGCGCGCGGCGCAGGCUGGCGCUGGCCGGGGGCGGCGGCAUGUCGGCGUUCUGGCUGGUGCCGCAGUUCGCGCUCAUGGGGCUGGCGGAGGCGUUCGGCGUGAUCGGGGAGCUCGAGUUCUUCUACACGGAGCUGCCCAAGAGCAUGGCCAGCUUCAGCAUGGCGCUGCUCUACAUGGCCAUGGGGGUGGGUAACCUGGUGAACAGCCUGAUCGUCAAGGUGGUGGACGACACGAGCAGGCGCGGGGGGAGGACGAGCUGGCUCUCCAGCGAUCUCAACGCGGGGCACUACGACUACUACUACUGGCUGCUCGCCGGCCUGGGCGCCGUCAACUUCGUGUACUUCCUCUGGUGCGCCUGGAAGUACGGCGAGGAGGGGAAGAACGUGGAGUGGGAGGAGGAGGGUGAAGGCGAGAGGGAACGGCCGACGGCCUAGUUUUGUAAUGCUGAGCUCGGGUGUCACAAUGAGGCCAUUUUUAAGGUGAGUCUGAACUCAGACGGCAAAAACCGCAGGUUGCGGGGUUGGUUCUCUCUUCUCUGAACCAACUGCUCUGAACUGCGGUCAAUGUUUCAAAGUUCCCGGGGCACGUGUGCGACUCGCCUUGCCAUUCAUCUGCGAAGCCGGAGCCUGCAGUUGUUGUUCUUUUGGAAA